AUGUCAUCCGUUCGGAGGGCAAAACCCUUGAAUGAAUGGCUGACGGAAGCGACGGAGACUUUGCAGCCCUAUCUGCACGCCGAAGUGUCCGUGGUUUCGCUGAUCGGCCGAGACACGUUCCUGGCGCGCAAGUCGAACGAGCUGAACAAUGCUCUUGGCGCAAAGAUCUUCGAUUCAUACGCAAGCGGAGGAGGAUCAUCGAUCGACGUGUACUUUUCACUCGACGAAGGCUCCAUUUUCUUGGUGCUCAACGGCUUCAAUGAUUUACCAGACCUGCUACAAAUGCUCGAAGGUGCGGCGGGAACGCCGCUCUUCGAGACGAUCGGCAAUGCUGAGAAGCGAUACCUGCAGUUGUUCACAUUUAUCAGCGUCGUCUCGCACCUGAUUUUGUUCGUUGAACAAGGCUGUCGUUUCGAUGUUUCCUUGGCAAGGACUUUGAAAAGUGUCAACAAAAUGAGAAUUGCGACGACCAACUCUAUCUUGAAGGUUUUACCCAAGAACCUGCUGAAAGCCAACCCAGAAUUAGAUAAAGAAGGCCGUUUUGCCGUGCCACGUUUUGCCUUCGCCUUCCAUCGGAACAAAAUUAGGCAAGACCUUGGCGCGACGAAGAAGAGAGAACUCUACGAGAAGCUCGAGGAAAACCUGGAGCAGCAGAUCUACAACGUGUUUAAAUUGUUGCGGCUUAUCGAGAAUAGCCAUAGGGACAACAUGCUGGGAUACCUGCCUGGCAAAGCUCCGUACGCUCAAUUAUUGCCGCCGGAGACGAUAGACCACGUUACUGAGUCGCUGCUCAUCCUCGCCGGCGAUAGAAAGGAGACUGAUGUUGAAGAGUCAGAAUUCCCAUUUCUCCACUCAUUGCUCGAUGCUAUCAGGGCGCCCGACGAAGAGCACAUUUUUUUGCGGCCUCGCCUCGGGCAAUUCAUCUCCGUGGCCAAAGCCAUCCUGCCGGUAAUCCUGGACGAUGAUGCGAUACAGAAACGAAAGCUCGAUGGGCUUUUGAACCGGGAAGCUCGUUUUAUUGAUAGCGUUUCCGAGAAGGCACUCGAAGAGGCAAUUCGUGAAUACGAAAAAGAAGAGGCUAAUCCAAGGCAUGCUCGCGCGAAAUCGGCAACGGCCAGCGGGAAACUGUUCACAAAAGCCGAGCACGAUAAAAGGUUUGCCCGAGCGGUCAGCUACCUGAAAAGCGUGGCGCCAGGUGACGCGAAGCCGCUGAUCGACAAGCUGCAAGAUGAAUGCGCGGGCCGCUGGCAAAUGGGAUGUGAUGUCGUCUCCCUGACCGGUUUAUCUUGCGAAUUAACGGCCCAUCCGGCGGCCGGUGAUCUUACUAAAGACCGCGACGAAUGGACCCUGCACUACUCAGCGGCCCGACAUCUCCACACAUGCGGAUGUGGGCUUCAUCAGGCGCUGCGCAACGACCCAUUUUCGCUGAAGGACGCAAACUACGAUUUCUAUAUGGAAAAUGCGAACUUCAAAUGCGCUUCCACGAUGGACAUGCACAAAUUUAAUGUGCUGGAAGAGAGGGACGCUGACGGGGAAUUGGACACUGGCGAAUGGACGGCGGCUAGGCCCGAGCCAAGGCUGCUGAUCGAUUGUCGAGAAACACGCAGCGGAUCCCAGGAGAACGCUUCGGAACCCGACGAGCUGGACAGCGUCGUCAACAGCGAUUUUUCUGAUCAGGAACCAAAAGCGCCCUCGUUGGAUGAGGGGCAGGGUGCCGCCGAGGAAACCGUCGAACAACCCAGCGUUCGAUGCGACGAAGAAGCGACCGUGUCUCGUGAAGACAAGAAGGGACCGCGUGCCUUGAUAUGCAGCUACGAGGAGCGGCGCAGCAAUUUGAAAGCCAGAAAUGUGGAAUUUUGCGACGGCGUACCCCACACACUGAUGCCCGGGCUGCCGCUUUUCCCUUCUUGGCAGCUGACAGUCGUUGGAGCCAGCAAUUCUUACUCGCACUCGUAUGGUCUGCGUGAUAUGCCUGGAUUCCGACCGGGCACUGACUAUCUUUUGCCCUAUGACGUCUAUUUGGAGGUGAAGCUCUUCAUCGGCUUCGAGUACGAGUGCCCGAAAGGUCAUCGCAAUUUCCUGGGUGGUGACCUCGAGCCGGUCCCUUUGGCUAAGGGUACCACGGCAAAAGAGAUGAUUCCAAAGGACGCGGCGGAACAAUUGCUCUCCAAAGUGCUGCCAAUCUGGAGGCCGUGCACUUGCCGGUCUACGGUAAUUGGGCAAUUGAUGCGCGUCCACAUUGUAACACCAAAAGCCCCGGUGCAGGUGACGAUCGACCCGCACGUACAGGUGGGCUCUCCAGAGGGUCACUUUUGCACUGGCGAAGGUCCGUUGGAGCUCGGUUGGGCAAAAUAUUACGUGCUUCGGCUACCGUACAUCUACUCAGGACUCGAUGGCCCAGUUCUUCCACCAUCUGAGGUGGGCUCGUUCGGGCGUUUCUUCGCCAACAGCAUCAAGGUCACCUACACCCCGUUCUCCUGGAUG